AUGGCCAACGAAACAAGUCUUGGAUGGAUCACAUCAUUGACACUCGAUUUCCCCACGCAAAAUAUUCGCAAGACAUCCAUCAUUUGCACUAUUGGUCCUGCGACCAAUACUGUGGAAAAAUUAGUAAAAUUACGGAGCGCGGGAAUGAAUAUUGUCAGACUAAAUUUCUCGCAUGGAUCUCAUGAGUAUCAUAAAUCGGUAAUCGAUAAUGUCCGAAAGAGUUAUGCCUUGCAUCACGGACGACCAGUUGCUAUCGCUCUCGAUACGGUAAUCUACAAUGCAAAUACUCUGUGUAAAGGUCCAGAAAUACGAACGGGUAUUAUGAAAGACAAUGUCGAGCUUCCGAUAGAGGCGGGUCACAUAAUGAACAUUACCGUCGAUGACAAAUAUGCCAAUUGUUGUGACCUCGACAUGCUUUACGUCGACUACAAGAAUCUUUCCAAAGUUAUCGAAGUUGGGAAAGUAAUUUACGUCGACGAUGGUAUCCUAUCUUUUAAAGUGCUCGAAGUCCAUGAUGACCAUUUGAAAGUACAAGCGUUAAAUUCUGGCACUCUAAGCAGUAAGAAAGGGGUUAACCUACCACAAACAGACGUUGAUCUUCCUGCGAUAUCUGAGAAAGAUAAAGGAGACUUGAAAUUUGGAGUUGAGAAUAACGUGGAUAUGAUAUUCGCGUCGUUCAUACGUAGCGCCAAUGAUGUCAAGGCAGUCAGAGCUGUUCUUGGAGAAGAGGGAAAAUCUAUCAAGGUUAUUGCUAAGAUAGAGAAUUAUCAAGGCGUUAACAAUUUCGAUGAGAUUUUGCAAGAGGCUGAUGGAAUCAUGGUUGCAAGAGGUGAUUUGGGGAUUGAGAUUCCAGCAUCGCAGGUGUUUGUUGCUCAAAAGAUGAUGAUUGCUAAAUGCAACCUUGCCGGGAAGCCUGUUAUAUGCGCCACACAGAUGUUAGAGUCUAUGACGUAUAAUCCUCGACCGACGCGCGCAGAAGUAAGCGAUGUUGCAAACGCGGUUCUCGAUGGUGCAGACUGUGUUAUGUUAUCUGGUGAAACGGCCAAAGGGACCUAUCCUAUCAAAGCUGUGGAGAUGAUGCACGAGACAUGCGUGAGGGCUGAAUCAGUGAUCUUUUAUCCAACACUGUUCAAUCAACUGCGAGCUCUAACCGUCACGCCAACACAAAUACCAGAAACAGUAGCUUCGUCUGCUGUAUCUGCAGCUCACGAGCAGCAGGCUGGAUGCAUUCUUGUGUUGUCGACUUCUGGCACUACCGCUCGGUUUAUUUCUAAAUACAAGCCAAAAUGUCCAAUUAUUACGGUGACGAGAAAUGAACAGACGGCCAGACAAAUCCAUUUAUGUAGAGGAUGUUAUCCAUUUAUUUAUGAUCAGCCUCGUAAAGAUGACUGGCAAGAAGAUGUCGAAAGUCGAAUAAUGUGGGGAAUGUCACAAGCCGUGCAACUUGGAGUUCUUCAUGCGGGAGAUACCGUAAUUGCUAUCCAGGGAUGGAAAGGAGGUCUCGGAAAUACAAAUACUAUGCGAAUCUUAAAGGCGCCCGAAACUGACUGA